CUUGAAACGAAGGUGGAGGCAGGAGUGAAGGCAGGCACACCCUUUCCUAGAAGUAGUAUCGCAAAUAUAGGCUGCAGAUGAAGAAAUGAGGAGUUUGAGAAGAAGCACGGACAGAACCCAUUGAAGGACCAGGAAGCUCUGUCUCGACUGUCUCGAAAAUGCGAAGACGCUAAACGUCAAUUGUCUAUCGCAGAAACGGCUAAAAUUGGAGUGACCCUCUUCGGCAUCAAAUUUGAAACUUCAAUCACCCGCGCCCGCUUUGAGGAACUAAAUAAAGAUCUCUUCCUUUCCACCAUAGAAAUAGUAAAUCAGGUUCUCAAGGAUGCCAACAUGGAUAAGGCUUCCAUCGAUGAGGUAGCACUUGUUGGUGGCUCUACUCGCAUUCUAAAAAUUCAAGACUUGGUGACAACAUUCUUCGGGGCCAACAAAAUUUGCCAAAACAUCAAUCCUGACGAAGCUGUCGCCUAUGGCGCUGCUGUUCAAGCCGCAAUAUUGCGAAAGGAAUUGAGUGGAGAGGUGCUGGUUAUGGAUGUCACUGGAUUAUCCAUGGGGAUUGAAGUGAUAGGAGGGUUGAUGUCAAUUGUAGUCAAGAGGAACACUCAAAUUCCCUUCAAAAAAACAAAGGGAUACACUACUACGAAAGAUAAUCAAACUGCAGUGACGUGCAGUGUAUACCAGGGAGAGCGGCAAAUGAUAAAAGAUAACUGUCUUCUUGGAAGUUUUUCACUGUGUAACAUCCCGCCUGCUCCCAAGGGUGUUCCGAAGUUUGAAGUCACCUUUGAAAUGGAUGCAAAUGGCAUCCUCCAAGUGUCUGCUGUGGAUAGACUCUCUGGUACAAUGAACAAGAUCGAGAUAAGCUAUAAAGAUCGUGUAACGAAAGAGGAUAUUGAGAGAAUGGUCGAGGAUGCCAAGAAACACCGUGAAGAGGACGAGCUGAAUAUGAAGUGCCUGAAAGCUAAAAACUCCUUGGAAUCCUAUGCAAUUCGAAUAAAAAGCACCAUCGAAGAUGAGAACAACAAAAGUUUCCCUGAGUCAGACAAGAAGAAAGUAUUGGACAAAUGUGAAGAAACCAUGAAGUGGCUUGGUACCAUGGAGAGAGCCAAUUUGGAGGAAUACGAGCGCAUGCAAGAGGAGCUAGAGAGCCUGUACAACCCUAUCAUUACCAAGAUGUACGAGAAUCCAAGCAGUUCCGACAGCGACUCCUCAGACCUCUCGGAUACCAAUGAAGAUGCUAAAAAUUAGCUACUUCUAAAUUGAAGCAUAAUUGUAUUGCUCUAUAUUAAUUCUGCAUAUAGAAGGCGCAUUAUCGCACACUUGCUUACAGUUGUCAUUUUAUUAAGGGUAUCCAGCAAAUUCAAUGGUGACGUUGAUCAAUUUCGAUGAUGAAUUCGAAAAUCUGGCAUCCGAGAAGAGGAUAAUAAAUAUAUUAAUAUAUAUAUAAUAAUGAGGAUGGCAGAACCUCAAAUCCCCUCACAGUUGAAUCAGCAAUUUUCAUAUUUUUUUAUAUUCUGAA